AGAAAUGCAGUUAUGAAAGAUUUACACUGCAUUUGGUGUAAAAAAUGCUGAUAUCUAAUAGAAAAAUGUAUUUUCUAACAAAUUGAAUAUUAUCUUAUAUAUUUUUUUUAGGAAACAAUAAAGAAUAUUUCACAGAGGUUAAUUUUUUGAUAAACAAACAUAAAUUUACUAUACGAAGGAUGGGCUGCAUGCGUUGACAACGUAAUGUUUCAUACAUCUCAUAAAUUUCACAAGUUAAAAUGUAUUACACAAGAUGAUGUUCCAACAAGAUCAAAAAUUCAACAACAUCUUGGCACUUCAUUGGCACAGAUUAUCUUCGAUUACAGUCAUCAUGAAGCUAUAAAAUUGUUAGACUCGAUACCUUCUGAAAGAUUUUUACAACAAUCAUAUUGCACAGCAGAUGAUCAAUUAAAAACAGAUGCAACUCGAACAUGGUUGGAAAAACAAGAAAUUCUCAAGUCUCAAAUGCAUCAUAAUAUUCUGGCAUUGGGCAAAGACAAAUUGAAGAAGUUUCAGACAGAAAUUGAAGCAGUGACACAAACUAAAUUAAGAGACAAAUUUGCAGAGAAGUGUCACAUUUUUGAAGCUGAAAAGAGACUUGCUAUCAAACACAAUGCAAAUAAAAUUCAUGCCAAAUAUGAAGAGUAUUUAAAAUCUGUUCAGCAAGAGUUAGAGGAGAAGCUGCAAAUUGAACGGGAAAAUGAAAAUGCUAAACACAAUAAGGAAUUGCAAAAAGCCAUUGUAAAAACGCAAAUAGAAACAACGCACGAUGUGGUAAGAAGGAUACGACCUCAGAUGCAUUACAUCGUUACAUCUCUCUACAAUGAUCUUGAGGAAUCUUGUCGAGCACAGAAAGAAAAAAUGAUUGCUGAUUUUAAUAAAAUUAUGAGGGAACAGUAUCUUAAACUAGAUGCAAGAAUUAAGCAAGUUGAGAGAAAGAAAAUGGAAGAACUACAUGUGCAACGUAAUGAAUUUGAGAUACAAAAUGCAAUGAGUAUUAUUUACAUUCUUUGUAUGGAGAGAUUACGUACCAAUUCACAAAUGAAUGUGAUACACAAACAUUUUGAGGAAAAGACUAUAUUCUUGCACAAACUUAUUGCUAAACAAGAUGAAAUUAUAAAUAUCAUGAAGAAAAGGAUUACAGAAUAUCAUAACAAAAAUAUAAUGCUCCAAGAAAAAGUCACCACUAUCACAAAGGAAUUCCAAAAAUUUAUUAAUUUUGCAUUUGACGCUGUACCAGAGCAUGCUGAUUUUUUAUUGCCAUUAAAUUUGUUUUCUGCAGCAUUCUUUGUUUGACAACCAAAAUACCAUUCUGGAUCUCGUUGCAGAUUAUAUACUUUACGCUGAUAAAAUUGUGCUAACAUAACGGAU